CAGUUAACAGCAGCAAACGAGAAAUCACCUCGCAGCGUAGAAAAAUUAAGAAAUAACGCCGUAAAAGUGAGCCCAACCGACCAAAAACAUACGAAAAGUGUGAAUUAAAGGACAAUCCAGCGAAUAAUCAUUAAUUGAGCGUUGAGCAGGCGCAAAAAGUACGCGAAAUCGACGUUUUGCAAAACGUUCGCAAUACGCGUCGCCAUUGGUGUAAGCGAGAGCUUGCCUGUGUGUGCGUGCGUGCGUGUGAGUGUGUGUUUGGUGUAGGAGAGGGUGAGAGUGCCUGUUUGUGUUUGCGUGUGUGUGAGCGAGCUAGCGAGCGGCCCCUAUGAAAAGCAACCACAACAACAACGCCAGCAAAGGACCCGCAACAACAACAAGCACAGCGUUUUAAUAUCCAAAUAAUGAGUGUCGCUGCAAUGACUAUGGACGAUCAAAGACCCUUGAUGAACAGUUACGAGAAAAUGCCCCCGACCAAAUACGAGCAAAACCUAAAUAUCCUUAACAGCAGCCAAAAUAGUGGGGCCAGUGGCGGCCCCGCCUCCCCAACGCCCUCCGGCUUGGAGGACGCAACGUCGUCGUCGUCGCACCACCAUCAUCAUCACCAUCCGCACCAUCAUCACCAUCAGGAGCAGCAGCAGCAGCAGCAUCAGCAACAACACUUGCAGCAGCAGCAGCAACAACAGCAGCAGCAGCAACACGCAGCAGCUGUUGCAGAGGCUGUUGCAGCCGCCGAACAGCGACAGCGCUUGCUCGAAGAUGAGAUCGAGAAUCUCAAGCUGGAACAGGUCCGCAUGGGUCAGCAAUGCGCGGAUGCCCAGCGACGCGAGAAGAUCCUCAUGCGACGACUGGCCAACAAGGAGCAGGAAUUCCAGGACUAUGUGAGCCAAAUUGCCGAGUACAAGGCCCAACAGGCGCCAACCGCCCUGGCCUUGCGCACUGCCCUGCUCGAUCCAGCGGUAAAUCUCCUGUUCGAGCGGCUCAAGAAGGAGCUGAAGGCCACCAAGGCCAAGCUGGAGGAGACCCAGAACGAACUGUCCGCCUGGAAAUUCACGCCGGACUCCAAUACCGGCAAGCGCCUGAUGGCCAAGUGCCGACUGCUCUACCAGGAGAACGAGGAGCUGGGCAAGAUGACCUCCAACGGCAGACUGGCCAAGCUGGAGACCGAACUGGCCAUGCAGAAGAGCUUCAGCGAGGAGGUCAAGAAAUCUCAAUCGGAGUUGGACGACUUUCUGCAGGAGCUGGACGAGGAUGUGGAGGGCAUGCAGAGCACCAUUCUGUUUCUGCAGCAAGAACUGAAGACCACACGCGAUCGCAUACAAACGCUUGAGAAGGAGAACGCCCAGUUGAAACAGGUUGGCACCAAGGAUGAGGUUGUGGCUCCAACGGCCGCCACCAACGGUGGCACCAACAAGACGAUAAACAAGCUGGAGACCAUUCACGAGGACGCUUGCAUGGCGAAUAACCCAACGAAUCCGGACUGUUACAAUGGCAAUACUAACAACGAACAGAUCGCGGCCGUGCCACAGAUACCACCAGCGGAUGAUUGCAGCAAUAUGAACGGAAAUGCAGCGCGAUUAGCCCGUAAGCGAAACUAUCAAGAGGAGGAGACCCAUCCAACGGUAGUGGUGGUGCCGACGCCCACCCCAUUAGGAAAUAACGUCCAGGAAGCACCGCCAAUUAGGGAGGUUACCGCCCCACGAAUUCUGCCGCCCAAAAAGUCCAAGCUGCGAGGCAUUACUACGCGUCGUAACUCGCAGCUGGAGGAGGAUCAUCAGCCCAUGACGACGCCCGUGGUCGUGCCGCUGAUCCUGGACAACGCUGUGUUAGGAAUGGCCAGCGAAGAGGCUGCUGCCGCUGCGGCGGGAAAUAACAGCAAUACGGAAACGGGAGUGCCAGUGGUAGUCCCAGUUGAGGGCGUCGAUCCAGCUGCUCCGGCGGCACCGGGCCGCAUCCUGACCCGUCGUCGGUCCGUCCGCAUGCAGCAGAACGGCAGCGGAGCAGUCGACUACUCCACCUAAGCGCUGGCGAACCUUUUUCCAAAAAGGGUGCACUCCUUAUGAGUUCGUCAUAUUGAUCGUUAAUUCCUGACGUUUACUUUUGUGAAUUGAGAUUUCAAAACAGAGAGAGACUUCAUUUUAUAAUUAUAACCUAUCUUUUAGAUUCUUUAAUUUUUUACACAUUGUCUUGUAAAAUACGUUUAUUAUUUCGUUUCCAUGCGGCGUAAGCAUACAUAAUUCGCGAAUUAUUUAGAAGUCACUGCUAUACAUACGAAAUAUAUUAUGUAGAACUGUGUACCACUUCAGCACAUAUAUUUACAAUAAUAUGAUCGAGCUAAAUGAUAAUGCUAAAACUGAUACACUAUUUAUGUUUUUUAAUGCCACGACGUCUACUGAAAAGCUGAAAAGAGAGCGUGGUCAAAACAAAACUUGUCAUUUAGCAAAAUUAGGUUUUAAUUAUCAACUUAAGGCAUUUUUGUAAUACUAUGAAAGUUGUGUAAAAUAAUAUAAACUUGUGUUAAAAUAAAUUGUUAAGCAUAACAAAUAUUUCAAAAAA